AUGGAUGAUAAAAAAAUAACUAAAAUUGAAGAAGUACUCAACGGCAAGGAAACUGACAAACCGCGAGCUGAGCAAACCCUUCGCUUAUUAGAAGUUGAACUAAAAAGUUUAAUUCAACAAAAAAAAGAAUUAAAAGCCAAAUUUCAAAGCAAGUUCCAAGAAAUUAACCAAGAAGUAGAAAUCUUAACUCUCCAAAAGCAGAUUCAAGGUCAAGUUUUAGCUACUGAACGGCAAGAAAAUGUUAAAAAAUUAGAUAAAUUGAUUGCUCUGAAUGCUGGUCUCGAAAAAGGUUUUAAAGAACGAAAAAUCGAUCCUGGCUUAAUGGAAGAGUUAAGGAAAAAAAUCGGGGCUUGGGAGUAA